AUGGACGUUGAGUGGAAAGUUAAGGUGUUCAUGUUGAAUCCAAUGAACUCUUGGAAACUCUUUUGCCAAAAGCUGGGUAGGGGAGAAGAUGGCAAGUCUCCACUCCUCAUAGAGUUCUUCACCAAGUUCUCCCGACCUCCUCUUCCCAUGGUCGCUCGAUCCCUCUAUAUAAGCGAAGUCCUAGUGUUGCAUGUCUUGCAUGCUCCCACGUGUGUUUGUCCCCUUUAGCAUGUGACUCCAACCAGCCUUGCCUCGUUCUUGGGCUGAGCUGACUUCUUCGGGACCUCUUUCCUAUUGAGCCCAUUUGAGUUGUCAAGGUCUCAACAAAAGACCAGUUGUAUCCUUCUAUGAGAUUUCUCGUAGAAUCUGUUGCUAAAAAAUGUGGAGGCCUAUUGACGUGACUCAGUCGUUGUAUAUUAAAUCACGCAAAUAUAAAAUUUAUAAAACUAGAAAAUACAAAUUUUCAGAUAUUUAGAAGUAUUUCUAAAUAAAUAUAUCAAUUAUAAUUUAAUAAAAAUUCCAAAAAUAGUGGUAAUUUUCCAGGUCGAUCACAGGGAUGUAAUAUAAUAUCUAGUAAUUAUUCAGAAUUUUUCUCAAUGAAUAAGAUUUUCUUAUGAAUUUUAUACUAGGAAAUAAAAAAGAAAUAUAUUUAAAAUUCACAAAAAAAAGGAAAUAAGGGUGCGGACGUCAGGAUGACGUCAGCGCCCGGCGAACGCGAAUCAGACAGAAACAGAGUUCUGCCCGGCGAUUCUUACGUAAGCGAUUACAGACGACUUAAUUAAUCAAAUUAAGAUCUGUAAAAGCCGGAAGAAUCGUAAUUGAACGAAGUAUAGUUUGGUAAAUUAAAAUCACACAAAGUAUCACUAAAUGAAGCGUAAAUUAUAUUGAAAGCAGGAAAAUAGAGUUCCGGCGUCGCGACGGCGAUGCGUCGGCGAUGCGUCGGUGAUGCACUGGAAUCCUGAGCGUUCGGGAGGAUCAUCGUGCAGUGUCCACGGCCUCGAAGGCUCUCCUUGGACAAAGACGACGUGGGCAAUCUCUAAAUCUUCUCGUGAAGUCUAGAGAUCAAUGAAGUGGGUCGUCGAAUCAUCUCUGGCGGCUAUCAGCCGGCGGAGCGGAAAAACGGCGACUUUGCGGCUCUCCGGCAACUGUCACCCGAUGAAGAGGAGCUGGAUGGAGGUGGGGCGCGUGUCAGGGAGCUUCAUCCUCAAGUCCGUGCAGCAAGAGGAGACUCUUCAUCGCGUCUGGUACGCUCUCAAGAGGUGGCGACUGGUCUCCCGGCGGAUCGUCCUCUUCCCAACGACGGCUUGUUUGUCGAUCAAUCGGAGAUGA